AUGAAGGUGCAGCAGGAGGCGAGACCCCCCGUCAGACCACCAGCACAGGGUCAUGCACAGUCCGACGAGCGAGACAAGGAGGCAGCAGGAAAGCGAAUCAGGAAAGGAGUUGCUGGAACAGCUGCGGAAGAACUACGGACAGCUGCGGAAGAAUUCCGGGGAGCUGCGGAGACCGGGGAGAGACUCUUACUGUUUCAGAAGACUCCUUUGCGCGUGCUGCAUCGUCGCUCACUUGCAGAGAGAUGCGACAGCGUGGAGAGUUUAGGCGGACGUCCGGUGUUUCAGCAUCGUACAAAUGCUGGAAUGUGCGGACCGCCGCAGACAAGUUCAGGCGGUCUCAUGUGCAUGAAGGGCGUGACAAGCCUGCGGCCUGUCACAGGGUAUGCCUCCUUACUUUCAGGCACGUACAUCAAGGAGUUCGUACACGGUGACUACGGACGCACCAAGCCCUCGCUUUCUUCGCUGCUGCACUCGCGCUGCCGCGUGUUGCUCCUCGACGUUGUAGACCUUAUCGUAGCCGGCGUGCCGCUUGACAGCAGCUGCGCUCGUCUGCGGAGAGGCGAUGGAGAAGGUGGGCACACAUCCGGUGAGGACAAGGGCGUCGCCGUCCGCAGCAACAGCGACCGCAUCACCGACAAGAUCGCCGUUUCAGCAGAGAAGUCUCUCUUCUUGACAAUCUUGGUGAAUUACUGCGGGCAUCCUCCUGACGUGCUCUACCUACACUGCCCACUGCCGUUGACGCUCGGUAUUGCUUUGCGAUGCGUUCCCUCGUCUGAGCUGCUGGAAGGGAAGCCCGUGUUGUACCGGACCCGCUUCCAGCGCACCGCUCGAGAGAUGUCCUCGAGGUUGUCACCCUCUUUAGACCAUCUCGCUUUUGUUGUAAUGCAACGUCUCGCGUGCCCGAAAUCACUUCUGAGUACAGCGGCGUCGACACGAGGACGUUUCACGGCGGGGCUCGUGGCGUGCCACGGAGUACCGGCAGGCGGCGAUGCCGUUCAGGUAUAUGCUUUGCCGGAGACCGUACCACCACGAGAGAGAGAGAUAAUAUAUUCUGACACCUGUGCAGACCCUUACCCGGACGAUCGGAAACGCACCACAGAGCUCUCUCCGCGGCUGCUGCCUGCUGCAGCAGCUGCCGACCAGCGAAAUCAGCGAAAAGUACAUGGCAACAUCUGGAACGGACGCGGCCCGUCGGCUAAGGGUGAAGUGUCCGAAGGUUUUUGCAAACGAACGCGGAACAGCACCACGCCAGCGUGCGAUCAGUCAAACUUCCAGACCGUGCCAAGCAGCCUCUACUGUCGACGAAUCGAACGAGGUUUACUAGGGCAGAAACGUUUAAUAGCACGGCGGCAGGUGAAAUGUGAGAGGCAGAGCACAAGCAUCGCCCAUAUUGUCACUAGUGUCGGCAGCAGGAUGGACGGCCCCGUGCGCUGUGCAGUGCGGCCGGACGCCUGCCGUCUGCUCCCGUCCUCAUAUCCGAAAAUGCAGUCUGGCACCCCCCGGCAUCUUACUCACCCGCUGCUGAAGCGUUUCACAGAAGUGCAACACUGA